CGGCCUCCCGGGGGGCGGCGGGCCCCGAGCGCAGAGCGGCGGCGGCGGGGCGCUGCCGGAGCCCGCUCCGCCGGGCCAUGGCCAGCACCGGCUCCGCGCCCGGGGGCGCGGGCGCGGGCUCGGGCUCCGGCUCGGGCUCGGGCACGGUGCUGCCCACCCGCUUCCAGGAGACCGAGAAGCUGCUGUCGGCGACGGAGGGCCGGGAGGAGAAGGGCCUCCGCGGCUCCAAAUCCUUCACGGCAGCACUGCCCGGCGAGACGGAGCGCAACGGGCACGGGCUCGGCUACAAGUCGGUGUCGGUCGGGCACCUGGAGGCGCCGCCGCUCUCGCCGUCCCGGCUGAGCCUGGGCAGAGCCUCUUCCACGGCCACCAGCACGGCGGCCCCGGAGCAGGGCCGCCCGCGGGACUACCUGGUGCUCGCCAUCUUCUCCUGCUUCUGCCCCGUCUGGCCCCUCAACAUCGUGGGCCUCGUCUUCUCCAUCAUGUCGAGGAACAGUGGGCAGCAAGGGGACACGGACGGAGCCCGGCGGCUCGGACGCAUGGCCAGGCUGCUCAGCAUCGUCUCCAUCGUCCUGGGGACCAUCAUCAUCGUGAUCUACAUUUCACUCAGCGUCAGAGUUUCCUAGAAGACGUUUCAGCAUGCAAAUACCUUGAAGAGGAGGAAGACAACUUUCCUUUUGGGGUUUUUACUUUCAGCCUUGCAACAAAAAAAAAAUUGUCACAGUGUAGGUGGGCAGCCCUAGACAGCCUGCUCUGGAGCGCCGUCGGAAGGAACGCAUGCUUCUAUUCACUCUUGGAAAUGAGUCUGUACAGGUGAUGGGAUAAAAAAACACCAGGAGAAGGAAUGGGAAAGGCCAUCGGACACCAAGCGGAGAGGAGAAGGGGGAAAUCCACUACCUCAUUCCCCUCCAGCAAAACUCACGGAGUGGGGAGACAACUAAAGUACAAGAGGAGGAGAGAGUUUCAAGAACGAAGCUUGUUUUAAAAGAAAAAUCUAAAGGCGGGGACGGGACAUUUCGAGGAAUCCUCCUAAGGAUUUUGGCACAAGUCACUGGACUUUUGGGGGGUUGUUGGUUUUUAAAUCGUCAAAUUCUCUGUCUCUACAAAACAAAACAAAGCUCAAACUGCCAUCAGGAGCUGAGAGCUGUUCCACGAGGAGGAGGAGGAGGGAGGGCAGAGCUGCAGCAGGACCACGGCUCUGCUCCGCGCGGAACGCAGCCGCAAAAGCUGGAGGAUGUGGUGGGUGCUUUUGUAUUUUUGAUGAAAAAAAAAAAAGAGACAAUGACCAUUUGCAUGCCUUUGGGAAUGUUCUCCAUAUCUGUUCCUACGAGCUCUUUUAUCACUUAGGGCAGAUCUCAGAGCUGGCAGAGCAGGAUGUUGCUGCAUGAGAACCCCAGGCUCCUCCUCACCCCGACCCCAUGGUGGGCUUUUUAAUGGAAGGAAAGAUAACAUGUUCCCUGUGAAUCCACACAUUUCCCUCUGUGCACCCAAAGGGAGGUGCUCAUGGCACCCAGACAAGAGCCUGGUUAACCUGUAGCAGCAGCACCAAGGCACAGAGAGCACAUUCCAUCCACUUACACCUUGAUGUCACAUCAUGACGCUCAUGCAGAAGCUUCAGUGUGAUCCAGCCCCUGCCACUGCUCAUCUCCCUGACCCUUUGGGGCUUCAGCUUAGGGCCUUCCAGGGGAUUUUCAGGGGCAUGGAGGAGUUUUUAGAUCCCUGCUCUUCUCCCUGCACCCCUGACGUGCUCUUCUGCAUCUCUGGAAAUCUCCAGUGUCCCCAGAGCUGUCCGGAGUCAGUUCCACAAGUUGUAUUAUUUUGUAAUGUUUUGUAUUUAACAUAACAACAACAUAGACUUUGCUCCUCCCACUCUGCCUAUAGGUACCACAGGCCUCACCAUGUCUUCCACACCACACAGCUCCCUUGGCCAUUUCCCGUGGGAUACAAUCAUGACACCCCCUGAAGCCUCCUUCCAGCCCCAUCCCUUCUCCUUCCUGCUCACCCCAUCCUUGCUGUGGGUUGUUCCUGGGGUUGGCCCUCUACCCAUCCACCCAGACUAUGCAAAGUUUCAUUGCCUGUUGUUUUAGUCAGGCUUUGUAGAUGACUUCUGGCCAUGUCCACUGGCUCCCUAUUACCUGAGUCUCUUUUAUCCAAACUUUGCUGACACGAAUACACGACCAAGAGCUGCACUCCCUGGCCUUUCUGCCAACCUGGGACCCAGAAAUAUGGACUGACUGAGAAAUGUGGUCCUUCAGGGCACUUCUGCUCCCUAACAUCCUGAAAAACACCCCAAACCUUCGACCAAAUUUAAUGCUUCCGAGGGCUUGUCUACAUGGAGAAUCCACUACACACCAUAAGAAACUUCACAACAUGGCAACUGCUUGGCACUGACUUCUUCUCUGGGCUGUGAAUGGGCACAGGGGGUUAGCACAGGGUAGGGGUGAACUGUAAAUCCACGCUGUAGUUACUCUGUAGUAACUAACGUGCAAAGCCACAGGCACGGCUGUGAAAAUUCUCUUGUCCCCUGUUUGCUUGCUCCUCUUUAAAAUGUUUUCUUUUGCUACACAUUAUUUGAAUCCAGGGGGUGAGAAAGCCAAAUCCCCCAGACAUGCUGUUAACAAUUUUCUCUACACUAAAAGGGAUUCCAGGGACUCACAGCAAUAGCACUUCACUACAGCACCUUCUCGGGCUCUAUUCCCAUCCACCCCUUUGCCAGCACUUUAUUACAAGAAACUGGCUGCUAAAAUGGACCAAAUCCGCAAUUUUUCUUUUCCAAUUUAUCUUUUGUGAGUUCAGCAAACAGGAGACCACUGAGGGCUGCUGGGUGGGAGCUCCCACCCGCAUCCUCUGUCCAGGUGCCCCUUGGCACCAGACCUGUUCCUCCCAAGCUUUUCAGAAACCCUCCCUUGGACAUUCCAACUUUAAUCUUACGGCUGUUGAAAUCCCACCAAAUCCCCCACGUUUCUUUCUUUGACUCUUGAACCCAAAAGCUGCUUGCUGGCAAAAAGGUUUCAUUUUUUUUGGGCUACACAAAGGCAGUGCUGCCUUGUCCAUGCAUCUUCUCCCUUCACCGCUGAGCUGCUGGAAUUCAGCUGAUGGGAAGAGCUGGGCAAGCUCCUCCUCAGGCAGGAAGGGCCGACGGUCAGGGAAAAGUGAGUUAUAGGACUUGAGAGCACCAAGUGUUUAUUAAGUAAGAAUUUAAAUGCUCUUUUAUCAUUAUAUAAAGCCUUUCAUCUAAAGUGCUUUCCCUCACCCAAAGGAUUAAUCCCUGCCACCCCCCACGAGGUGGGUUCACAUUACGCUGCUCUAAUUGCACGGAUGGCAAAUGCUCAGUCACAGGCACCGAACAGCUCCAGAAACAACCACCUCUUUCCUUCUCCUCCUUAAUAGAACCGUGUAUGAACACGGAUUUCCUUUGAACCUGAUUUUUCCAAAGGGAUCUAGACAAACUAAACCCCACUACAGUUCAAAAUGGACUAGGAUACCUGCAGUCAGGAAGGAGGUGGGUGAUCUGUGAGGCAGCUGCAGUGGUCCUUGCCAGGAGAAGUCCCAAGUCAGGGAAGCACAGAGCAAUGGAGGUACCAGGAUUCCCCUAAAUGCAGGAGAGGGCAGAAACAUUCCCCAAAAACCCCAUGGUGAUGAUUUAUUGUGUGCACCCAGACAGAGUUUGUUCCUCCUGUCUCACCAGGCAGCUGAGGGAAUGCUUCUCACCUCACUAUUAAGCAUAAAGAAAAAAAAAGAAAAACCAGAACACUUAAAUCCCUUUCAUUCUAAAAUCUUCUUUCUGAUUAGAUACAACUGUACUGCACUCUUGAAUGUAGCUUUUUUUCUUAUCCUGCAUUUAAAUCCAGAGAAAAGCCUCUACAGUUAUCCCUGACAAAAUAUUUCCUCUGCUCGUAACCUGGCUUUCCAGUGCUGGAGAAAUAAACCCUCCAGGGAUAUCUGGAAAGUCCCUUCUCUCUGCCAGCUUCUCCACACAUUUUGCAGCCUGUUUUGCAAAGGUUUUGUCACUUUGCUCUUCUCCACAUCACACACAGUUUCAUCCCAGCUCAGCUGCCUCUUUGGCUCUUUUGGGGUGGAAUUAUCUUGUAUUCAUGAAGGAAGAGGUUGCAGAGCCCCCAGCCCCUGGCACACACCUGACCUGUGCUGUCUUACAAGGAGGUAGAUGAAGGCAGAACUCUGAGGCCACCAGCAGGCACGGUCACUCCUUUGGUCUACAUCCAGGGAUCAACAGCGUUCCUCGUGAUUAUUUGCUGCUUUAGUGCUCAUCUUAAUGCAAGCAUCUCUUUUUCCAUAUCCAGGCACAGCCACUUCUCUCCUUAACUUGGCUUUUAGCACAGGAGGGCAAUCACAAAAACUAUGUCACAAGACCUUCCCUCUCCAUCCCCACAAACAAACCCUGUUACUUAUCUCCCAGCUCUUUCCCACCUGCUGCAGCCUCCUCUAAGCACACACGUCAGAGUGGAGUUUUCUGUGUUUGCAACUCUGACAGUCAUGAAAUCCUCAGGACCUGCCCAACUUGCACCCCCUGGUGAAGGAGAGGUAAGAGAUCUGAGCAGUGUGGUGGCAAUCCAGCCUUACCUGACAGCAAAGCUGAGCUGGUGGGAGGAGAGCUCGCUGAAGGGCUGGAGAAGGUGGGAAACGUCUCUAAAUGUAAGCUGAAGUAGGAGUUACAAUCGACAAGUGUGAGGUCCUGGUGGGAUAUAAAUACACAGUUUGCACUGCUCGGGAAAGAGCCUCCGAACAGAGCACGUGGCUGUGGCACCUCUCUGGCACUGGUGGCCCUGGGCUCCUUUCCUGGGGUUUGGGGCAGAGCUGGGCUCUGUGGAGAGGCACAGAAGGGCCCUUGCUGGGUGCAGCAAGGCUGGAUCAAAGCCUUAAGCUGAACCAGCAGUUUGCUGCUGCCGAGCAGAUGAACUGGCUUGGCUUCAUAGCAGCUCCUCGCAGGAUGCAACAACCGAGGGUCAGGAAAGGUCUGGCACAAGUCAGUGGGUCACAGCAACACGCUGGCUGGUGCCUGCAGAGGAGACCAAAGGGAUCUGAGCAGCAAGGGAGGAAAGAAAGCCAACAAAAGAGUUCAAAGUUUGCUGUGCUCAUGAUGGGUUUGCUUUUUCCGGUCGGUAUUUCACCCUGUUCCAGUUUACCCCUCUCCCCCCAUCUCUGUUGGUUUACUGUGCUUUCCCCUCAGCAUUUCUACCCCUGGAACAAUGUGUGAGUCCCACAGGCUCUUUCCUCCCAUCCUCUGCCUCUCCUUUAACCAGGACAGGUCUUGCUGGCAAUGACAUGUCAUGGCUGGGCUCCUCUGGAAGGGGUUAGCGAGGGCAGGGAACCUCUGACCUGGGCUCCCUGCAGAGCCCAGCACGUAGUACCUGACCUUCCCAACACACUCUUCUCCAUGUAGACAAGGGGAGCAGAUCCUGCCUUUUAUAGAAAAUUAAAACCCCAUUUCUGUUCAUUCUGAGCCCAGGAAUAGGCUGCAGAAAUGCACCCACUAGGCUGGCCCCAUGACUUCUUCUUUUUUCCCCCUGAUACCCUCACCCUUGCCCUACCACUUUGUUACUUAUCACAGAACCACAGCCAGGGUUGCACUGUCAAGCUCAAAUAAUUCAGAUUUAAGAUUGUUUUUCAUCUUUUAAUUUUGGCAAAACCAGUUAGGUUUGGACUGAAAAAAACUCCCCUGCUUGGGCACAAAGCCAAGGGGGUGGGGGGGGAAAGCAGCCUUUUCAAAGUGGGAAUAUUUGUAAAGCAUUUGCUGACACCAGUAGAUAGCGAAAUUCAAACCUAUAAAUACCCAUCCAGGAUAAGAAACAUCAGAAAGGGAACGUGUGCAGGAUUCAGCAAGGCAACCCUGAUCCCACCUGGGAGCAGGGGCCCUUGUUAGAUGGUGCCAGGACAUGAUCCUUGGUGUGGAAGUGCAGGGUCCAUCCCCCCACUGCCACAGCCACCGUCCACACACCGGCUCCUCCUGUUCCAAAUCCAAAAGGGAAGAGCCACCAUCCACACACAGCAUGAACACACCAGGAACUGCAGCUGGGUGCUUCUCUUUGCUGAUAAAUGUUUCUUUUUCUGCAGGAUGGUAUGGUAUAUCUUAUAUACUUUCUUUGUAUUUCUUGGCAUGAGAAAAAAAAAAUUAAAAUGUAACAUGCAUGGUCAAA